AGUGUCAGUGGGACCCUUCAAUCCUGGGUCUGCGAUUUGGAGCUGAGAAAAGUUCCUGGCUCUGGCCACAUCCAUGGCCAGCAGAUCGGUAUGCAGGCAGCCAGAUCUGUCUGUAUCUGAGGUGGAGUUAGGAGACCUAGGGCUAGAUAUGAGAACAGGGACACAGAGGACCGUAUGUCCUCAAAGAGGGCUGGUCUCUCUACGGAGCCUUGGAGGCUGAGAAUCUGGAGACUGGGAGAUGCAUACGCUGUAGGAACCGAGGCUGUGGUGCCUCCUCUCUAUACUUGGAGAAGAGAAGCUCGGGUUGUGGUGUAGACAGCUGGUUCCCACUCUGUCCCUGCUAUAUUCUGUGUCACCAAACUUGUCCCUUGCUGCCAAGGCUGGGUGUAGCCUUCAUGUGAGACAAAUGAAGUUGACAGCCCCUCCCUGUGGUGUGUAACAGGAUCAGGUGAGGAGCCUGUAUCCUCCUCCCUCCUGCCCUGCAGCAGGUGUGAGGCCAACCCUACCCAACCCCAUACUGGCAGGCCCAGGGCUGGGCAGGGGGACAGGGUGGUCCUGCCUCUGCUUUGGGAAGACACCAUGGCUCUGGGCCACUACUGUGGCUUCCUACUGCUUCUGACUGUUCCUGGUGAGUGAACUGGCUCGGGGUCGGUGUGACACUGUAUUUAUAUCCUCCCUUGGGGUGGGAGUGGGCCUGCUUCCUCUCUGGACAUUCCCCUGCAUUUACCUUAUUCUCCACUCUGGUCUGGAGCUCUGAGAAUUCUGGGAACCAGGUAAGAUGGAUCUGGGUACCUUGAAGUUUGGGCUUAGGUGAGCAAAAGCCAAGUUCUCUGCUUUAUCUGGGCUCCUCAGCUGGGUGUCUUGGCCAUCAUUGCUGGAGACAGAGGCUUGAGUGUAUGUGUGGGGACACCUACAGGACCAGAUCCUGGUAGGAACCACCUCAAGGAGGACCUAGAGGUUGUGAGGGGCUGAGACUGAUCCAGCACUCACUGUCUCCCAGCUGUUGUUUAUGGCUAGUCCCACCCUACCCUAGGAUGGGGAUGGCAGCUGGCCAGGCCACAACCCAUCCAGCUGGGCCCCACCUACCUGGCUAGAUCCUAGCUUUAGCUGCUCAGGAUGGGAAGACCUUCCUUAGGGCCACCUUGGGACCUUGCAGAGAGGCAGUGCACAGGCCCACAGGACCAGAGUCAAUCCCAUGGACAGCUCCCCUAAUCCUUCUGUCUCCAUCCUUCAGGUAUCUCCCAUGAAACUCUACAGUCAGGUAGGUCUCCAACAGACAUUUCAGGAUUAGAGACUAGUCCUGGCAGGCAGACCCUAGGGGACAGUGCCUAUGGUGGCAGAGAGUGACCUGGCCCAGGGAGGCCAUGCCACAGGCAUCUCUGCUAUCGUGGCUGAUGGGGGCACAGGCCGGCUUCACUGGGAAGCUGCACCUCUGCCCCAUUGGUAUCUUCGAGAGUUACCUUCACUCUCCUGUGCAGCCUGCUGGUCCUCAUUGUUCAUCCUUUCUUCUGCUGAUGUUGGUCUUGAGAAGAAAAACUCAGGCAUCUUAUUAGACUUCCUCGGGACUUACCUGGUGCUCUGGGUGGGAGGGAUAUGUGAUCUUUUCCAUUUCUUUUUAUCAGUGUGGACCUAAUUUCUGGCUUUAUUCUGCUGUACAGAUUAAGAGGGAAGCCCCGUCCCCUGUGGGUGAUCUCUAGAUUUUCAUGAGAAAAUAAGUUGAGGUGAAAUUUACAUCAAAUUUUCCCACAAUACAGUGUACCAUUUGGUGACAUUUAACACAUCUCCAGUGUUUUGUGAUAUCACAUCUAUCUAGUUCCAAACAUCCUUCCAAAAAAGAAACCCCAUUCUCACUGGGAGGGCAUCCCUCCACCCCCAGCCUCCUGGGCCUUCAUAGCUCCCAUCACCUCAGCCUUCCUCAUGCCUUUAAUUUCAGGCAGUAGGUCGCUUGCCCAGCUCCACUGAGCUAUCUUUCUAAGGAGCCUGCUGUGUCCUUUGGGACAGUGUUCAGAUGCCAAGACCCAGGAACUUACUGUUUCUAGGGCAACCUGUGGGUCAUGACCCUUUGACAAGGGUCCCCUAACAUCAUUUGCAUAUCAGAUAUUUAUAUUAUGAUUCUUAAUAGCAAAGUUACAGUUAUGAAGUAGCAACAUAAAUAAUUUUAUAGUUGGGGGUUGCCACAACAUGAGGAACUGUAGGAACUCCUAACAUGAGUGUUAGGAAGGUUGAAAACCACUGUUUGAGGGCAUACACCCACAAUGCUUCUGGAGAGAGGCCAGCAGAUGGGGAGCAGAGACAUUUGUAGAUUCCCCAAGAUGCUAGGGCUCCCAAGAUGGGAGUCACGGAGGGCUCCGAGAGAAAGGGCAUUGAGCAGAAUGCCAGUCUCUGGAUUCCCUAGCCAACAAUGCCUCCUCUGGAUCAGGGUGUGGCCAGCCCCAGGUUUCACACGUAGGAAGUCGAAUCGUGGGAGGGCAUGCCGCCUCAGCUGGCACAUGGCCAUGGCAAGCUAGCCUCCGUCUGCAGAAGGUGCAUGUGUGCGGAGGGUCCCUGCUCAGUCCAGAAUGGGUGCUCACAGCAGCUCAUUGCUUUUCUGGGUCUGUGAACUCAUCUGAUUACCAGGUGCACCUGGGAGAGCUGACAAUCACACUGUCUCCCCACUUCUCCACUGUAAAGAAGAUCAUCAUGUACUCUAGCGCCCCAGGACCGCCAGGGUCCAGUGGGGACAUUGCCCUGGUGCAGCUGGCCACCCCGGUGGCCCUUUCCAGCCAGGUCCAGCCUGUGUGCCUCCCAGAGACCUCAGCUGACUUCUACCCUGGGAUGCAGUGCUGGGUGACAGGCUGGGGCUAUACACGGGAGGGAGAGCCUCUGAAGCCCCCAUACAACCUUCAGGAGGCCAGAGUCUCUGUGGUGGAUGAAGAGACCUGCAGCCAGGCUUACAACAGCCCCAAUGGCAGCCUCAUUCAGCCAGACAUGCUAUGUGCCCAGGGUCCUGGGGAUGCCUGCCAGGAUGACUCUGGAGGGCCACUAGUCUGCCAGGUGGCUGGGACCUGGCAGCAGGCCGGUGUUGUCAGCUGGGGUGAGGGCUGUGGCCGCCCUGACCGCCCUGGUGUCUAUGCUCGGGUUACUGCCUAUGUCAACUGGAUCCACCACCACAUCCCGGAAGCAGGGGGCUCAGGAACGCAAGGGCUUUCCUGGACUCCCCUCCUGGCUGGCCUCUUCUUGCCAAGCCUCUUCCUGCUGCUGGUCUCUGGAGUCCUGGUGGCCAAAUACUGUCUGGCCUCUCCCCCCAACCCAGCCUCGGAGCCCUGACAGAGGUGUCGCAACCCAAGUGUCUUUCUUAAAUAAGUUAGUGUUUAUUCAGCUUCGCCCCUCCCCUCAGCUUUGACUUAGGAAGCCAAGUUUUCUGCAUUGGAUUAUUGCAACAUUUAACCUGAAUUUGUAGAACGGAUGACAUAAAAGCAAACGGAUGUCAAAUGAA